AUGUUUGACCUGGAUUCAGAUAAUGGGUUACAGAAGGAAGAAAGUGCUGAUUCGGAGCUGAAGAGUACUAUACAGAAAUUAAAAGAAGGUGUAUCAAAUAAUAUAUAUAGCACAUAUUAUAAUGGAAUAUAUUAUUUGCAAAAUCAAUAUGCAUGGAUUACUGAUAUAUUCAACAAACUCAGUAGAAAUAUACGGUUGGUGCAGGAGAGUUAUGUUGAGGGAGACGAUUUCAAUAAGAAGCGAUGCUAUGAUUUAAACUUCUGGUUAUAUGAUCAAGUAUAUAAAAAUUUGCAAUCGUCAAAGCAGAAUAGUGAACAUAUGGGUAAUAUUAUUGAUCAGGUUCAAGAAGUAUGGAAAAAUAUUAUUGAUAAUCAGUUUUAUAAUGAAAACUACAAAUGCUAUCCGGAUAAAGAAUUACUGC